CCGCGAGAUUUCGUUGACGUCACUUUUAGCGCGGAGUUUGUUGUUGGCGGAGACGCUUCAAUCCGAAAGUCUGUACAAAGUUCUUCAGCCACCGCCAGAGCGGAAUAUAAACCUAUAAUUGAUGCUUUACCUGUAGAGAUGUUGGUCGGGGCUGUAUGGUGACUUUAUGAGGCGUUAAUUUGAGACACUUUUGGACUUUACAACCAACCCCAAGCGAUGGAGUUUUCUCCUGCCUGCGUUGAGCCCAGCACAGACGGAUGCCUUAUGAAAGCUGACAGAGGUCACAAGAAACGGAAAAUCUCCCCGGACGUGGAGAUGGACAUUGAGUUUCUUUACAAAGCUGUUCCUCAGCUAGCCAAAGUUUUCCGCAUUAUAGACAAAAUUGGAGCAGGUACGUUCAGCUCAGUAUACUUGGGUGAGACGCAGAUGCGAGAUGGGAGGAGAGAGAUGUUUGCACUGAAGCAUCUAAUCCCAACAAGCCAUCCCACACGGAUUGCUGCUGAGCUUCAGUGUCUCACUGUUGCAGGAGGCAGAGAGAAUGUGAUGGGAGUGACAUACUGCUUCAGGAAGGAGGACCAUGUGGUGAUUGUAAUGCCCUACAUGGAGCAUCAAGCCAUUGUGGACAUCAUUGGGUUGCUAACUUUUGAAGAGGUCCGCCUGUACAUCUACCACCUGUUAAAGGCUCUGAAACACAUCCACCAGUUUGGCAUAAUUCAUCGAGACAUCAAACCAAACAAUUUCCUCUACAACAGAAAGAGCAAAAUGUACGCACUGGUGGAUUUCGGCCUGGCACAGGGUACAGCUGACACCCAGAUUGAGCUAUUGAAGGUGGUGAGAAAGAGACCAUCACAGAAAGGUGGAGGGUCCACAGGGAAACAAGUGGCUGCACAGCGGAGCAAAGCACCACCUAAACUCUCUUCAAAAACCACAACAGUCUCCACCUCUCUUCCACUGCCUGCACGGCAGCAAAUACACCCAACAAAUUCCUCCGCAUCUUCCUCCACCACCACAGCUUCUUCAACCUCUCGAAAAGCACUGAUUAAAAAAGCACAUUCUGCUACCACCACUGUGACCACCUCUCGCACAAAGCACACAAAGGAUUUGAUAGAGCUACGCAAAGCACCACGGACUGUGUUUGGAGAGAGGGACCUGAACAGCUGCACACCAGCUCUCUCCAACACCAAACACGCUGCCAUUAGGACAGAGCUGGUAAAACCAAGUAAAACAGAGGACGCAGCCAGCCGUAAGUACUCUUCAGCCACCCUGCCUGUCAGGACCCAGAGCAGCAGUCAGAGACCCGUACAGCGAGGUCUAACCUGUAACUGCUACUUCACUGAUCGGGUCUGCAACGUCUGCUUGUCCAGAAAGUCGCAGGUGGCGCCCCGGGCAGGAACUCCAGGGUUUAGAGCACCAGAAGUCCUCACAAAGUGUCCCAACCAAGGCACGGCCAUAGACGUGUGGUCAGCUGGUGUGAUCCUGCUGUCACUGCUCAGUGGCCGUUACCCGUUCUUUAAGGCCACCGAUGACAUGAUUGCGCUCGUUCAGAUCAUGACCCUACGAGGCUCCAGAGAGACCAUCAAGGCUGCCAAGUCGUUCGGUAAAGCGGUGGUGUGCAGUCGGGAGCUCCCUCGACAGGACCUCAGGACCCUGUGUGAGACGCUCAGAGGAUUUAGGCCAUCGCCAGAUAACAAAGUCACACCACUUCCUGAGGCUACGGCAGAUUCCACUGACACUCAUCAUCACAAGAUCCAAGAUGAUACGCCCACACACCGUCCCACUGAAAGAACACUCAAACCACACAAAAAGGAAGCAGAUGAAACUCCUGCAGAACUCUUGUGUAGUCACACGAACAAGCACAAACAUUCAGGUGGUAAUGACACCGCAACUCGCCUUCCAAAACAGGAAAAGAUGGGAGAGGAGGAGGAUGAGCGUGGCUGGGACAGAGUUCCCGAUGAGGCUUACGACCUGCUGGAUAAGCUGCUGGAUCUGAACCCUUCCACCAGGAUCACAGCUGCUCAGGCUCUUCAACACCCGCUGUUCAAAGACCUGUGAGACUGUGCUGUGAGAGCACCAGGAACCAGUAAAACUAUGAUGUCCUAGGCUGUGGUUCAGGUGCAGAAAAGGCACGUGAGCAUGAGAGAAAACGUUCACUCCUUGUAAUGUGCUGCAGUUUUCCCCCCUUCGGCUUCGUGGUUGACAGUAAAGUAAAGAUUUCUUAUAUUCACAGCAGCUAUGAUAUAGUCUAAAGAACUGUGAAGAAGGGCAUUUUAAAAUGGUGGAAACAUUGCAGAUAUUGCUAUAACUCUUGACCUUUUAAAGAGGGAAUAAUCCAUAUUUUGUUUACAGUUAUCACUGCCAUAAAGGCUUUUAAUUUGAAGGUGCAUAUCUGUAUCCUGUGAAUGUGUGAAAUUCUGCUUCAUUAGUGUGUGCAUGUCUGAGUUUGGUUUAUUUAUGGAAAACACUGAAGUGUCAGUUUUUCCCAGUUCAGGUUAAUAAUAAAGGCAAAAACAAAAUGACGUCUCUCAUUCAGGUUACAUGGUUAUAUUCAUUUAGAAGGAAUUUAUUUUCCACUUUUUGUUACCUGGACCCAAGAAAACAGUUCAGCAUUUAUUUAUUUUUUGUAGUAACCUGGGGUAAAAAUAUAGGUUGUAGUGAAAUAACUUGCUUAUGAAUUGCUAAUAUCACCAAAUUUUGCAAAGUUUUUUAAAAAUGGUUGAAUGAAUGAAAGGAAUUAUUUUCUCAAGAUUGGACUAUUGCUGCUCUCUUCUCUGGCAUUAAUGAAAAGUUGCGCUCUCUCGUCAAAACGCGCCUGUGGCCUCGAUGUACGUAGCAGAACCUCUGACCCCACGUGUGCCUGCUCACAGCCUCGGGUUGGACCCUUCAGGCUGUGCUAAAGGCAAGAAUUUAAAUCUGUAGGUGAUUUUGCUUUUUCAGGCCCCCUCACAUCUGGAAUGACCUACCUGAGAAGAUCGAGCACACAGAGCCAGACUUCCUUUGAAUCACUGCUUAAAUCUAAAUUCUAUAGACUUAAUUUUAAACAAUUCUGUUACAUGGGAUACAUUUCAUUACUUUAAGUUUGUUUACCCUUUUGCACUUUGUAAACUUAUGUAUCGUUUUGUGAGCUACUUUUCUGAGUCUUUUUUUGUUUUUACCUUUAUAACCUAUAGCAUCUCUUUGUGCUAGAGUGUUCUGGGCAACACAGGCUGCAUGAACUUGAGAUAUUUUUGUGACGGCAGGAGAAACUGAAGCUUCCA